GCUACCUGCGACCACCGCCACCACCCCGACCUGACCUCGUCCGCCUCCACAAACACACCUCUGCGCCCUCCCCCCCCUUCUUCCCAUCCCCUUCGUCGGCGCUCCUUCACCUCCUUCUCGCCCUCGCAACAGCACCAGCGCUGCGCGCAAACAGCAACCUUCCGACCCGACGGCCAAGCCAGGAUCAUCGACCGCAGCCGGCGACUCACGCUCCUUCUCGAGACCAACACCUACGCCCUUUCAACAGUCCCCGCGACUCACCAACACCAACGUCCGCACCCCCCUACGCACCAAUCGCCAACGACGGACCUCAUUGCGCCCGACCGCCCCCACUGCUUGGCGAACUGCCACCCUCUCGCAACGCCUAAGCUGCCGUUGUCAAACGCCUGCCUCGCUGCUCGCAGCCACAAAGCCGGAUGGGAUUGCAACUUUUGUCGUCCAUCACAAACACGCGCGUGCCUGCUCCCGCCGCUCCUCGACGUCCUUCGAUGCCCUGGCCGUCGCGUGCCCAUGCGACAGACGGAAACUCUCAUUAACAGCGCAUCGAUACCGCAACGACCUACGGUCAGCGGAUAUUCACGCGCGACCCCGUAGCGGGCCAGGCGCAUAUUGGCCGUUAAGGCCCCUUGGCUCUACCCCCAGAUCUCUUCUCCGUCACCGGCCAUCUUGAGGAGCCCCAGCGAGCGAGCGAAACCGCUGGAUCCCCUGCCAGCUCCCGAUUACAACCUACCCAAUUACGCCGCGAGACGGCCUAUAGUCCCAGAGGCUUGUGCCCCGUUCUGUAUGGUAUCGACCUGCGCUGGGCAAGUAGUGCCAGACGAACACGAUCAUGGCCAACCGCCCGAGCUUGCUGGACUUGCGAGCCAAUUCGAAUCAUUCUGGAACGUCGACCUCUUCCAAACCACUACGCUCCCCACGCUUACACGUGGCCGGUGAGGCGCCGCCGGAACUAUCGCCACUGGAUGCAUUCGCCCUGCAGAGUCGACUGCUGGCCAGGCAGUUGCAGGAGAGCAACAAGGGUGGCAACAGAAUCAGCCGGCUACCGCCCUUGACAGUCGAGAGCCCUUUAAUCCAACAGGGCCGCUCCGACUACUUUCGCUCCAUGUCGUACGACGCGUCAGACCCAGAUGAGUCUCCAGAGCUGGACAACUCAGGGCUCGGCCUGAAGACCGCAGUCGAGGAAGCCUUCACACCUGAGGAGCGGCCCAGGUCGAUGCAUCCGCGGAUGAGCCAAAUCCCGCCCACGCCCGAUGAAUCGGUCCCGGUCCCCCUGUUACCGGACCAUGCCCGGGACCUCUCGCGAGGGCGGAACCUGAACACGGUUGACGAGAGCCAGAACCUCUUUGGGGCGCGACGGGAUCGGUCACCGUCGCCCCUCCAGAGUGACACGCAGUCGCAUCUAGAGAAAUCGCCCGCGCGCAAGCGCGAGUCGCUGGCACUGCCGACAUCACAACACAACGUGUUCGCGGCCGACUCACUUGACAAGUCACGGCAGGACAGUUUUGAUGAGCUAGGCCUCGCACCCCCGCGCAAUGUGUUCCCGAAACGGUCGUCGAGUAUCAUGUCAUCACCACCGACUGGGGAUGACGACGCGUCGAGCAACAUGGCUGGGUCAUUUCACUCUCUGCCAGCGCGAAAGCUGUCUUCCGGCAGUGCCGCCUUCGCCAAUGCCAACCCUUCGCCCGCGAUCGGCUCCUUUCGCCGGUCGCCCUCGGUGGCAUCCGACUCCUCAGCCCUCCCACGGCCAUCCUUCAACUUUUCCCGCCCCCUCAGCCGAGCUGGAACUCCAGGCCUCGACAUGCCGACCAGACAGGCAUCAUCCGACAGCCAACCUUCUUUUGUGCUCGCUGACGACUCCGCCCACACCCCUGUCAGCAUGCAUAGCGAGGCUUUUAUGGACCAACAGAUGGAUGACGGCACAGGUGCCGCUCCGUCCUAUAUUUAUUCCAAAUUUUCUCUUCCUAGAGGAAAGGUGAUACAACGCUCUGAGCCUUCGGAUGGCCAGCCUGGUGCAGUUUUCCAAUGGGAGCCGCCAGCUAUACCUUCAAGCAAUGCACAUAGGCAUCCCCUAGGGGCACCGCCGUCGCCCCCAACGCGGCCGUCAAGCUCUUCAGCAAGAACUGUGCCUGACGAUGCUGUAAGCAUCAUGAGCAGCAUCACGAGGCCCUCAAUGGACGCAGGGAAGAGAAGCUUGGAAACUUCAAGACUCGGUCUCACGGCCCAGACAUCUUCUAGCAGCAGCAGACCAUCUGCCGACGCCGGGCGUCCCUCUGAAGAUGCACCCCGUGGACGAACGCGCACUUCACCCUCACACGAUGCAGUGGCGCGCGGGCGAACUCCGGCAUCAGCCGGUACCAGCGACUCCGCCAGCACGAUACGUCCCUCGCCGACGGUUCGCUCGCUUCCCCCUUCAGCAUCUACCAUGACUGCGGAGGAGCACUUGGCCAAGGGCAUCGAAUGCCACGAGAAUGGCUCGUUGAACGAAUCAACGUAUCAUCUUCGGCAUGCCGCCAGACAGAACAAUCCCACUGCUAUGCUUCUUUAUGCUCUGGCGUGUCGACACGGCUGGGGCAUGCGAGCCAACCCGAAAGAGGGUGUGCAAUGGCUGCGAAAGGCUGCGGAGCACGCCCAGGUCGAGAUCGCAGAUGACGAAGAUCGGGCCAAGGAAGGGAAGCCGGCCAACUUCCUCGAGACCAAGGCACGUAAGGCGCAGUUCGCGCUGAGCAUUUACGAGCUUGGCGUCAGCCACAUGAACGGCUGGGGCAUCGAGCAAGACAAGGUGCUUGCGUUGCGAUGCUUUGAAAUCGCCGGCAGUAAGUUGACAUGACUUUGUGUCACACUCCUAAGCAACGUAACUAAUCGUUCUCAGAUUGGGGCGACGUCGACGCUCUCGCGGAAGCAGGCUUCUGUUAUGCACAGGGAAUUGGGUGCAGAAAGGACCUCAAGAAGAGCGCCAAGUUUUACCGCAUGGCCGAAGCCAAAGGUAUGAGCAUGGUAGGCAACAGCUGGAUACACAAGUCAAAGUACAACGACGAAAGUGCCAAGGACAAAAGCAAGAAGAAGGCCAGAAGCAAGUCGCGCACACGGACAAUGUUUGGUCUUAAAUGAGGCCUGUGGCCCCCAACACACAACCUUUCACGAUCAUGACCUCUACUAUCAUACCCAUCUACAUCGGAGUCUGGGGCUGCAUCACACACGCACAAACAAAGCACACAAACACACAAACACAUGCACUGGGGAUAACUUGCAUCUUGAGCGGGUCAAACAGUUGACUGACAACUGGCUACAAACGAAUACGACGGCGUCGUGAGGUGCGCAUUGGAGGCGCCCGUUGACUGGGCGAAAGCCUUUGGGGUUCUUGGCUGCGGCGAGCAUUCCGCCAGCUUUAUUUUGUUCCUUUCACUUUUCCGCGCCCUGUACGGUGUAAUAGGGCUUGCGCCAUGUUCAAUUCUUUUGUGGAUCGACUUACUGCGUCUGGCUUGUCCGCCAGCGGCUGCGUAUGACUCUUGUUGUUUAUAUCUUCAGAGGGGGCUUGAGAUUCUCAGGGUUUAGGCUAGACCAGGCAUCCAGGAGCACGCACAUAUUCACCUAAAUUUGCGCAAUUUUGACUUGCACUUGUAUGGUUUGCCGCCUUGGCGUGGUUAGAUAAACGCUUCC